AUGGACGCAGGCCUUCCGCAGUACGAACGCUCUCCGUUGGCUCGUUCUAGCACUUCAUCCGCAUCUCGUGGUGUGCGCCCACCGACGGAACAUCUAUACCAUCGAUUCACCUCGUCUAAGGGUCAACCCUGGCUGACCCUUAAGGUCGCUAGCAAGGCUCCUGCUUCCAGCUAUCUUCCCGCUUUUUAUCAGGGCGAAGCUAUAACUGGUAGCGUCGUCCUAUGUCUAGACCGGGAAGAGACCAUCAAGUCAGUAUCUGUACAACUUUUCGGGCAAAUGACUUCCUCCACCACGGAUGUCCUCAAUUUCCUCCAAAUAUCUCAGGUUCUGUGGCCCCCGUCUUCGUCUUCGGCGCUUCAGAACAGCUCCCAGAGUACCGCUAAUCCGGGAAAGCUAUCUGGGGAACACAGUUGGCCGUUUUCACUCACCUUACCCGAAUCGUGUCUCCUCAAGUCGCCAAACGGGCUAGAUCAAUCGUAUUCCCUGCCGGCAUCGUUCUCGGAGCGCAUGGCCAGGGUUCACAUUCAGUAUCAAAUUGUGGUGACAGUACAUCGAAGCAGAUUCCGGGUGGAUAGUACCCUUGGCACCGUCGUCGGCUACUGCCCCAAAAUCCAACCAGGCGCGCCAUCGCUAGCACGCCAGAUUGCCUAUCUGGAGAAUAGCCCGUUAAUCGGUCCUGACGGAGAUCCAGAUGGCUGGCAACUCCUCGAGCCUCUCCGCAUCAACGGCUCAGUCUUCUCCACUCGUUCCGUAGAGGCCACCUGUACGCUCGCGUUAGCUAAACCCCUGUGUUAUACGCGGGGAAGCGUCAUACCCUGCCUUAUGACGAUCGAGACCACCGAUCCUCAGGCCCUAGACCUCCUUUCUGCACCGCGGAGCCCAGUCGUCCGAUUGCUGCGGCGAAUUUCCACGCCGGACACCACGGCUGGCUCCGCUGGCACGAAAACGCUUCCGGGCUUGGAGUUCGAGAGCAGUAGCCAGGAGGUGACCGCCGCAGUGUGGUGGUCCGAACAUGCAAGGGACCCGAGAAGCCCUCAGAGGAGGGUGCUGCACGGGGAGAUCCAUCUCUCGCCCGGGCUGAAGCCCACCAGCAGAUUGGGCAAGUUCGAGCUCUCAGUGAGUGUUACGCCACCAUCCUUGCGUUACCUGCUUCCCACCCUGCACGCGUGCCUAGUACUCGGUCGCCGUCUACCCUCCGAGGGCGGUCGCAUUCCUGCCCGAUGGCGGCGCGGAGGCGGUGCUCCAGAGCGAAUGCGUGGUCAUUGGCACCGUCUACGCCGCUGGGCCCAGGCCGAGAAUCCACUCCCCUCCUGGAUACGAUGA